GAACACAACAUUGCGAACAUUGCAGGGAAUACCUAGUACAAGAACUAUUAAAAUGGCUUAUGCAACGUCAAAAACGAUUCCUUUUGUAAGUGUCCUUCAAGCAACAGGUCAUGGCGAAGUCUGGGAUCACACUGAUGCUAAGAAAUUCACUCAAUUCGGCUGGCGUUGUACGAAUACAGAGAGUUCCUAUUCUCCUACUCGAACAUUGAUUGGCAACUGGAAUGAGCAAAGAUUUGAUAUAUCUACCUUAUCUCAAGCUAAACCUAUACCUUCUCAGUACGACCAUUAUUUUGAGACAACUAGCAAAAAGAGUUAUUGCCGACAAAAUUACAACACAGUACCUAAAGCAUUAAAACAUUUAGAAGCAAGAGAGUGCACAUCAUUUCCAGGCCAUCAACCAGAGUUAGAUCCACUUCAUCUCAAGAAAGAGUACAACUCAUUUAUGACAACAUCAAGAGCUGCCUUUGGUGACCCCAACAAGAUGAAGUAAUGCUCCGUGAUUUAAAAGUAUUAAAUAAAUUGAAAUAGGGUGAACAUUUACAAAGAUUGAAAAUUUAUUUUAAUUUCAGUUUGGAUAUUCAUUGAAUUAAAACAAGCAAAAGUAA